AUGGCGCACACGUCACUGCGCCCAGCGUUGGUCAUCGCUGUGCUGCUCUCGCUCGCCUGCAGCGCCAACGCCGGCCGACAUCUUCUCUCAGGCGAAGGAGUUACAUUUCGCUACCAAGUCUUCGCGACUCUUGAGAAAACGGGCAACCUGACUGGCUCGUGCACCCUGGAUGCUAACGUCAAGGAGACUACCCAAACCACAUCUUUCGUCUUCAGCUUUACGGGCGUAAAUGGAACAAACCUUACUUUCUCAGGGCCUGCUUACUACUUCCGUAGCAAUGACUCUUUUAUAGCGGGGUUUAGACCCUGCAAAUUUGUGGCGGUAGCAAGCGGGAGUUGGAAGUGCACGUUCCACGAGGAGAUAACACUCCCUUCGGAUAUGCCUUACGAGCCACAGUCACAACUCGGGGCUUUGAACUACGCUGGAAUAUUCACGGCGGAAGCUUCCGGCAUCUAUGUCGCGGUUAUACUUAACAACAACAUGGCGAUAAGGGGGUCAAUCCAGAGGUCUAGUGUGACACCUGUCUGA